AGCGUAUGGUUGUAUCAUACAGAAUGAGACAUCCAGGUCGUCACGAUUAUUCCCCCAUCGAAAACCGUCGCAAUAGCGAUGCCAGCACAGGGUCCAGUGUGGAGAUGGAGGCUAUGGGACCAUCCACUACUACUACCACCACCACUGCACCAACGAGAGCCAUGGUCAACAUACCGGCUGUGGGGCAGGCUGAUCUCACUGUCCCUGGUAUCCAGAGUCGAUCUGACACAAGUCCCACCUCGGCCGAGAGUGGAGAUGGUCCAGCUAGGUUCGUAAUCAUAGGAGGAGCAGGGUCAAUGAAUCAGUUUGACAUGUCACCAACGGGUGGCCAAUGGGACUUCGAACAAGAGCCCAAUAGGGCAGCAGCAUCGCUCCGCCUCUGUAUAUGGGCCAUGUUCCUCUUUGCAUGCAUGGUAAUGUUCAGAGUACAGCAGGAUAAGCUGGCACAGGCCAUGGCUAACCGUCGGAGUAAUGUAUUGCAUCUGAUGGCACCUUGGGAGAAGGCCAGCUUCAAUGAUAGAAAUUCAACAGAGCUGAGAGCUGUCUAUAUAGAUCCACGAUUGGCCACAGUGGCAUCGAACCUUCGAUUGGGCCAGAACCAUGAGCUGGAUGUGACCAAGCUACUGCCCCCCAGAUCCAACUCGUAUAUCCGCGAGCUGGACUCUCAGCGGUUGGUUGCUAGUGUUUUGGACGGUCCUUGGCGAUCCACGUCGUACACUAGCGAUGACAAUGAGUCUGUCGAACAGGCCGCUAGCGAUGAUGUAGCGAUGUUACAGAGUAUCGACAAGAACCUAUACGCUGCGAAUAAGGGCGUAUCGGACUUAUGCCCUAGUGGGGAUAAACGCUCCUGCAUGAUGGCUUUAUUGAAGGACAAGCAUCAGAAAGGUAGUAGCUGCUUCCACUUGGCUGCAUCCCCCGACGGUGGUAUUGCUGCAUUUGAUGUCGCCAAGAACGACACAGCUGUUUGCCUUGGUAGUGAGGAAGGAGUAGAGAUUCGAGCGCUACUGCCUGAUCGGUUCUCCAACAGAGCAGUGUAUGUAUGGAGGCCAGCUGCAGAUGAUGAUGAAGAGGAGGAAGACUCUGCAGCCUCUGUUGAUUGCGUUACUACAGUGGAUACCAUCACCGGGCAGUGCAUCGACUCGGUGCCUGUCCAUCCGGCUAGUUACUACGCUAUGGACUUUCGAGAGGAGUCGGCCCAGAAGGGCAAAGGUUCGAGCCCCACGACCAAGUUGGUGAGUGUCACCUAUGACUAUCAACGGUGGCAGGCCGUGCUUCGGUCCUACGUUGUGGGGGGCAGUGAGGGGAAGCCUCCGGUGUCCAGCGGGCCCGAAUUCAAAUCGGUAUUGUUCACGUCUCGAGGCCCCUUCUGGGUAUUGGAUUCGCCUGAAGUGUCUGACGGCUUCGUCAUCCUGGUGGCUGGCACGGAGCCCCAAAUUGGCAUCCUCCAUGCAGCGCCGCUCUAUGACGCACAAAUAGGGCCGGCCUCGAACCAGUGGAUGAAACAAGGAGACGUUUUACGGCGUGAGAACACCCGGUCGGCGUACUACAGACACGUCUCGAGUAAAAUGGUCGAUGAUAGCGUGUCUGAGAUCCAACAACAGAAGACAAAGACCGGCAGAGCGACACGGCCUCCCCAGGAGGAGACGGCCCGGGUCAUCCACGCAGCCACUGCUGCUAUCACGGACACGUUCACCCCGGAUGACCUUAGCGUCUUGGCCUGGUCGGUGAGCAAGAUGGGGCUUGGCUCUCCUUCCUUCUGGCGGGUAGUCAUCAAUCUCACGGAGGCGUAUAGUCGGGACUUCACGCACAGAUCGUCGGCACGUAUGCUGGAGGCAUUCGCUGGGUCAGGGGACCAUCUAGGGUGCCGGUCGGGGGCGGUCUCUGCCCUUGUGGACCAACUCCGGGAGCCUCCUCCUCCUGAGGAGGGUAUCACAAGCCAAGGCGUCUGCCAGUUCCUCCGGGCACUGGUGAAGUUGAAGAGAGUGGAGGAGAUACCCCCCUGGUUGAUCCAGCAGGGCCUUCGUCACCUAGGAUCGCAAGAGACCGCAAACGGCUGGCGGUCUUUGGUGCCCCUUAUGUGGCCGUUGUCGAGGAUCCCCACAGCUGCUGAUGAGGCUGUUACCAUAGUCGUUGUGCUCAUACGGGGAGGAAGACUGGACUACACUCAAAUGACGACGACGGACGUGGCUCUUUUGGUCCACGCGAUGGCCAAGGCAUGGAACACCUCCUCCCAUGGGGACUGCGACGCCCCGCCGCCUUAUCGGGAUGUGUUGUCAAUGUUGGUGACUGAAUGCGGCGUUCGAGGGUGGAAGGGCCUCAGCCCCCACGCUAUAGCUGGCGUUAUGUGGGCAUGUGGCCGCUGCUGCCUCACCUCCCUACUCGACGAGUGCUCGGAGGACUGGCAUCCCCUUAUGGGCGUCGAGCUGAAGGACUUCGACCCUCAGGCUCUCGCCAACUUCCUCUGGGGGAUAGGGCGCAUUAACAGGAGACAGGUGCUUAUCUGUCGUUGA